AUGGUGAUUCCUGGUUACUUCCUGUGCCCCCAACCCACCCCUACAGCCCCAGACUACCACUGUUCUGAGUUCCAUCACAAGGUAGCCGAGGGCACGGCCAACCCAGUGGGGACAGCAGAGCAGGAGGACGAAGACUCCCGAGCCCUCAAGGAGGAUGAAGUCCUGAAGAGCGUGCCCAAGUUCUGUUUCCCCUUCGACGUCGAAAGGGUGUCUCAGAACCAAGUGGGGCAGCACUUCGCCUUUGUGCUGACGGACAUCGAGAGCAAGCAGAGAUUUGGCUUCUGCAGACUCACCUCCGGCGGCAGGAUCUGCUUAUGCAUGGGUGCCUAUUAUUUUUGCAGCUACCUGCCAUGGUUUGAAGUCUAUUACAAGCUUCUAAAUACGCUGGCGGAUUACUUGGCUAAGGAACAGGAGAAUGAUUUGAAUGCAGUUCUCACAGCGCUCUAUAACCACCCCGUCCCCAAGGCAAACAGCCCUGUCAAUCUGAGUGUGAACCAAGAGCUAUUUAUUGCCAGUGAGCAAGUUCUGAGAGAUCAGCCCUCCCUAGCACCGCACUCCUACUUCAUCGCCCCCGACGUAACCGGACUCCCAACCAUCCCCGAGAGUAGGAACCUCACCGAGUAUUUCGUGGCCGUGGACGUCAGCAACAUGCUCCAGCUGUACGCCAGCAUGCUGCACGAGCGGCGCAUCCUCAUCACCUCCAGCAAGCUCAGCACCUUGACUGCCUGCCUGCACGGAUCGGCCGCGCUGCUCUACCCCAUGUUCUGGCAGCACAUCUACAUCCCCGUGCUGCCGCCGCACCUGCUGGACUACUGCUGCGCUCCGAUGCCGUACCUGAUUGGAGUACACUCCAGCCUCAUAGAGAGAGUGAGGAACAGAUCGCUGGAGGACGUGGUGAUGUUAAACGUGGACACGAACACUUUGGAGUCCCCGUUUCACGACUUGGACAACCUCCCCAGUGACGUGGUCUCAGCCCUGAAGACGAAGCUGAAGAAGCAGUCCACGGCCACGGGGGACGGGGUGGCCCGGGCCUUCCUCAGGGCGCAGGCCGCUCUGUUCGGAUGCUACCGAGACGCGCUGAGAUACAAACCCGUGAGCCUGCCUUCCUUUACUCUGAGGAGAGCUAUGACGAUGAACCCAUCCGACUCUCUUCCAUUUCAGUUCAUCGACGGGCGGCUGGUGAAACUGAACUCAGGAAAGGGCUUCUCCGACGCCUUCGAGGAGGAGAUCACCUCCGGGGGCUUUUCUGGAGGGAGCCCGAGGUCGUAUCAGCAGUGGGUACACACGGUCAAGAAAGGAGGCGCCCUGUUCAACUCCGCGAUGACCAGAGCGACCCCCGCGGUGCGGACAGCGUAUAAAUACGCAAAAAGCCACGCCAAGCAGGGCAUCAAGGAAGUGAAGAGCAAGCUGAAACACAAGGAGACGGAGGACGACUGUGGGGCCUACUCCGGUUUUGUGCAGUACACCCCGGUCUACACCUUACACAACGACCAGGGGCCAAGCCGGGAGAAGCGCAGGCUCACCCAGGCACGCUUACACAGGCCCCUCAAGAGCCUCGAUGAUGGAGCGCCGUGUGAGGACGAGGACGAGGACAUGGACCGGGCCAGCAAGCUGUCCUCGGAGGACGGAGAGGAGGCCGCGGCUUAUUCCUACGAAAGCGAUGACUCGGUGGAGACACGAGGGAAGACACUGUACUCGGGGGAGAUGGACCUGCUGGGCGAGAUCCUGGACACGCUGAGCACCCACAGCUCGGACCCGGGCAAGCUGGCGGCGGCCAAGAGCCUGGACUUCUUCCGCUCCAUGGACAACAUCGACUACCCGCCCGCGAAUAAAUCCAAUGCCCCGAGCGAGGACAACCUGGCGGCCCUCUGUGGCGGGUCCGGGGACCAAGGCGACUGGCACCGGGGCCAGGACGACAGCGCCCUCCACGGCCGACACCUCCCCCCAUCCCCCAGGAAGCGGGCCUGCUCCAGCUGCGCCACGGGCUCGCUCUUCAGCCUGAAGGAGGAGAACAGUGCCAGGCCCCUCGACGGGGCCCCCGGGAGCAGCCCUCAUGGGGCAGACCAGCUGGCCUCCCCCUCUGAGCUGGGUGUCCUUCGGGCUCCUCCGGACGCUGCCCGGACUGAGGAAGGGAAAGCAGACAAGGAGGAAACACUAAGCCAGGCCCCAGACGAUCUGCUGAUCCCCAGCCUCGAGCGCCGGCCGUCCUCCUCGGUCCCGUGGGAGAAGGAAGGGAACGGCGGCCAGGGGGCUCCGGGAGACCCUGGGCCGCUCCACGAAGCCGCGUCGCUGUGCCCCGCGGCGCCCGCCUUCCAGCCCGACGGGAACGUUCUGGGGGGAAGCACGAGUGGAAACCAGGCCUCCGUCAAGAACUGAGGGACAGCCUCGGGCGUCCACACGUCUCGGGAGACACUGGAGGGUCCCGCGGGACCGUGCAGUAAACAGUUACUUGUAGGCAUGGCAA